GCCUGCGGGCGGAGCCGUAGUCAGAGCCUCCUCCGGCGUCCGUAGCCGGGAAGCCGGGUGUCCAAGUUCCCCGGCAGAGGUCCACGAUGUCAGAGAAAGAAGCCAGGCAGAGCGGAGGCCCGUCGCGGGCCGGCGUGGUGACUGUCGGCGACGUCCAGGAGCUAAUGCGGCGCAAGGAGGAGAUCGAGGCGCAGAUCCAGGCCAAUUAUGACGUCCUGGAGAGCCAAAAAGGAGUUGGGAUGAACGAGCCGUUGGUGGACCUCGAGGGCUACCCCCGCUCAGAUGUGGAUCUGUACCAAGUUCGCACUGCAAGGCACAACAUCAUUUGCCUGCAGAAUGAUCACAAGGCGGUAAUGAAGCAGGUGGAGGAGGCCCUGCAUCAGCUCCACGCUCGUGACAAGGAGAAGCAAGCUCAGGACAUGGCUGAGGCCCACAAAGAGGCCAUGAGCCACAAAGUGGGCCAGAGUGAGAGGCACAGCCCUCUUCAGGCCUUCGCCAAAGUGAACAGCAUCAGCCCUGGCUCCCCAGCCAGCAUUGCGGGUCUGCAAGUGGAUGAUGAGAUUGUGGAGUUUGGUUCUGUAAACACCCACAACUUCCAGUCGCUGCAGAACAUUGGCGGUGUGGUGCAGCACAGUGAGGGGAAGCCCCUGAAUGUGACAGUGAUCCGUAGAGGGGAGAAAUACCAGCUUAGACUGGUUCCAACACGCUGGGCGGGGAAAGGACUGCUGGGCUGCAACAUUAUUCCUCUGCAAAGAUGAUUGUCCCUGCAGAACAAGAACAGGAAAGCAUCUUCCCGUGCCCUGGACUUGGAUCUACUGGGGAUUUCCUCAUUCUUUUCUCUGCCUUAGGCAUAAGGAUCUGGGAAGAGGCUGGAAGCCUGAACUUCUAGAUGGUGGAAACCCUAUGGCCUCCCAAUGUAAUCUCUCUGGUUUAAGGCAUUGUUAAAAACUCAAUUUGUGCUUAGUGUCUUUUGCAAAUAAGGCCAUUGCCCUAAAUGGGAAUUCUUUGGAUUGUGGGCAAGGGGGCAGGAGUUAUUCUGGCUAGUGCUCAUAUGACUUUAUUCUUUUAGGAAUUUUUUUUCAAAUAAAAAUAGUUUUACAGUGCUGACAUAACCAUGUUA